AUGCUCAUUUUUGUGACUAUUAAAAUUGCGCCCCGAUCGGUUCUAACCGAUCUUUUUUGCAUAAGUCGGCAACGGAUAAGAGUUGAGCAACUAAAAGUUGCUUGUUGA